AUGCCCCAGACAUACAACUACGAGCACUACACUGUGACAUUCCCUAAAGAUGGGGUUGCGGUAAUGGAGAUUAAUAGGCCAGAGGCCUUGAACGCCUUUACAGGAGAUAUGAUAGUAACCAUGGGAAGGGUCUUUGACCAAUUGUCCACUGACUCGGACUGUCGUGUGGUCGUUCUUACUGGUGCUGGAGAUAAAGCAUUCACUGCGGGAUUGGAUAUUAAGCAGACCAAUCUUGGCGGGAGUGCUACUUCAGUUGACCCUGCCCGCAAGAUGAUUUCAGAGUUACGACCGAUGCUUCUUUCUUUCCAGAAUGCUGUUACUCGGGCUGAAAAAUGCCUUAAACCAAUUAUCAGUGUUCUUCAUGGCUACUCGUUUGGCAUGGCUAUUGACAUUUCAACUGCGACUGAUAUCAGAAUCUGCACAUCUGAUGUUAAGUUGUCAGUGAAGGAGGUCGAUAUUGGAUUGGCUGCCGAUGUGGGAUCACUCUCAAGAUUGGUAAAAGUUGUUGGGUCCAUGUCAUGGGUCAAGGAUAUUUGCUAUUCCGCUCGGAUAUUUGGAGCAGAAGAGGCUCUUAAGAAUGGCCUUGUAAGCGCCGUCUUCAAAGACAAGAAGGAGGCAUUGGAAGGAGCUAUGAAAAUGGCUGAGUUGAUUGCUUCUAAGAGUCCUGUCGCUGUCCAAUCUUCCAAGGAAAUCCUUAAUUAUUCCGUGGAUCACUCAGUUGAAGAUGGUUUGAGAUACACCGCUGCCUGGAACCCAGGCGCCCUUCAAACAAUAGAUAUUCCAGCUGCCGUAAAGGGAAGCUUAACAAGGACGAAGCCACGAUUUGAGAAACUCUGA